AUGGCGUCCGCCACUACCAAUAACUCCAGCUCUUCUUCCUCUUCUUCUAUCUCCCCUCGUCACAUGACCGAGAAACACGGCAGUCCUACCGCCGCCGCCGCACAAUCGCGCCGCCCCUCUCGGCAGGUUACCUCUCCGUGGACUCAAAUCGUCCGCGGCGAACCAGAGCCGAUCGCCGCCGCUCCUUCCUCCCCUCAGCCCAAGGCCCCGAUCGAGCCGAUUGCCUCUGUCUCCGUAGCUCCACCUGCUUCUCUUUUGACGGUGGAGGCGGCCUCGGCUCCUGGAGACGAGAAAUCGGAGGAAUCUGGUGGUCACGGCAAUGCCGGAAAGAAACCAGUUUGGAAAAGGCCGUCUAAUGGGGCUUCUGAGGUCGGGCCUGUCAUGGGAGCUUCGUCGUGGCCUGCUCUCUCUGAGACCACCAAAGCUCCUUCGAACAAGUCUUCUUCUGAUUCGUUAAAAAGUCUCGGCGAUGUACCAACAUCAUCAUCAUCUCUUCUCCCCCUUUCUCAGGGAAUUGCAAAUGUUCCUGUUGCUGCACCAAAGCAAGUCAGCCGUGCAAGCCCUAAUCCAACGACAAAUCACUCGCGGCAAAGAUCAUUUAAACGGAAUGGCGCCGCCUCUGGAGCCGCUGCUAAUGGUACUGCUUCUCAAUCAUCAGCGCAGGGCUCAUCUGCUGAGUUGUCUUCGCACAACCCUUCUCCUAGAGGCCAAAACCAGAAGAAUGGCUUUGCGUCACAGAGCCAUGGUGGUGGUGGUGGUUCCGACAACCAAUCUCAACGAGACUCGUACAGGAACCAAAACGGUAACCAUCACCAGAGUCACGGUGGCAGGCGCAAUCAGGAGCACGGGAAUCAGAAUUGGAAUUUCCAGAGAAACUUCAACGGGAGAGAUGGAAAUGCACAGUCACAGAGAGGUACACCUGCUCCAGCGUUUGUAAGACAUGCUCCGCCGCCUGUACAGACAAUUCCUCCUCAGUUUAUGGCAGCUCAGCCUAUUCCGCCUUUUGGCAGUCCUGUCCCAUUCCCUCCUGAAUUGGCAUCACCGUAUUAUCCCCGUAUGCCUUUCAUUGGACCUCUUUCACCUGGUCCAGUUUUCUUCCAUGUCCAAGAUCCUCCCUUAAACAUCAAACUACAGAAGCAAAUACAUUAUUAUUUUAGUGAAGAGAAUUUGAUUAGAGACACAUACCUUCGGGGGCACAUGGAUGAUCAGGGCUUUGCCCCGCUUCGUGUGAUUGCUGGUUUCAAAAAGGUUGCAGAACUUACAGAUAGUAUCCAGCAAAUAGUGGAGGCUCUACAAGGCUCACCUUUUGUCGAAGUGCAGGGUGACCGAAUAAGGAAGCGCUACAAUUGGCAAAUUUGGGUGCUUCCUAAAGGGGCGAACCCUGUGGAAAGGGCAGAUGCAAUAGCAAGCCGAGUUGGAAACUUGUCGCUUGGUCAGGGCUCGGCAGACCCAAUCGGUGGUUCAAGCAGUCAGUUGCAACCUGCGGAAGCUGUAUCAGAUGGUCAGGUGCAACAGUCUUCUGGUGUUGAUCCAGCGAGUAACCGCAAUGGCUCAGAUGGUGCAAACCGUUGA